UAUUGAUAGACAUGUACGAGUGAAAUAUAAUAAAUUCUAAAAAGAAACUGAUUUCUUUCUCUUUCCCGCCAUUUCCAGUUUCCCAAUCGCUACACAGAGCCCUGAGAAACAGAAAAAAUAUGGUUCAUUGGUUCGGAAUUUUUCGCCUGCCCUCUCAAAACAGAGAAAAAACCAUCGUCUUCACCGAGGCCGAUUUCAUUACCGCCGGCAAUUUUCUUGUCGGAAAUUCCGAUUCUUGGUCUUGGGAAUCUGGGGAUUUGAGCAAACAGAAAUCGAAUUUACCAUCUGACAAACAGUUUUUGAUUUUAAGAAAUGCUCCUUGUCUGCGAAGGGCUUUCUCUUAUAAAGAAGAAUAUGUGAUUGUUGGCAGCGAUGGUGAAGAUAAUGCUCGGCUCCUAAGUGAGUCUAAGGAUGAGGAUAACUUGCUUUCAACAAAAGAAUUGCCUAAACCAGGCACGAUGAAACCUAUUACGAUAAUUCCAUCGUACUUUGCUGUUGAUAAAAAAGAAGAUUUACCAUUACCAUACAUGGAAAAAUCUAUUAAAUUAUGUUCUGCAACGCAGGAAUCAACUCAUCGUGUAGUCCAUGAUUCUGAAGAUAUCAUAUGCCUAAGAACUUACGACAUAAGCAUCACAUAUGACAAUGAUCAUCAGACCUUCCGUUUUUGGCUCACUGGAUAUCACGAGGACGGGAGGCCCUUGCAACCAGAACUAAUUUUUGAAGAUGUCAGGCAGAGUCAUGUCGGCAAAACAGUCAAUAUUGAAGACCAUCCUUACUUGCCUGGGAAACAUGCAUCUGUACAUCCAAAAAUUCAUGGAGCUGCAGUAAAGAAAAUGGUCAAAUGUCGAAUGUCGCAAGGCAAUGUACCUGAAGUCAGCAAGUGCCUUUCUUUAUUUUUGGAAUUCGUUGCUUCGGUAUUUCCAACUAUUAAAUAUGAUUGCAACAUUGGCUUUGAUUAGGAGAGCAGCAGUCGCUAAUAAAGGUGGCUGUAAAGAAGGAACAUUCAGAAAUUUCCAUGAAGAUUUGGAAAACUUUAGUCUAAGAAACCGAUCCCUAAUUUUCUUCAUUCAUUAUGUCAAUACUACGACUACGACUUCAUCUAGCCUCUAUACAUUCCUGUUCACUAAAAAUUAAAUUCAUUUCUCUCCUUUUGAUGCCUUGUUGAAGUUUUCUUGUUUACUGACCCUUUAAGCCAAGUGGCUGCAGUGUGAUCUAAUUAUUUUCAAGUUUAUUUGCAAGUCUGAAGAGUAUUAUAUCAUCUCAUGUAUAAAUAUAUAAGGUGAAAUUUAAA